GCACAUAUAGCGAGCGCGGGCCGCGGUAUAGUUUAAGGCCUCGGCCUCUCUUAGUUGGCGACGGUGUCUCUCGCGAGGAGGAUCCGCCGCCGUACCCGUAGCCGGUGCAAUAAUACACCAAAGCGAGCUCCACGGAUCGGCCGACGUACUCACGUCCUUACGAAAACGCGACGAUGGCAAGCUCCUCAGAGAGAGACACCGUCGAGACGACGAAUACGAACAAAUCAACGACGAACGGAAUUAACCCUUCCGCACUUGUGGAGGGUGCAAGAAAGCGACGACGAUUAGAACCAUUGACGACGAACGUGGAGAUUCCUAAGAAGACACUGCGGCGCGACGGAACGUGCAACUUCGACGUCGACACGCGCGGCAGGGGGAAAGCCGAGCGUGCGGAGGGCAGGAAGGACCCGUCGCGUUGCAAAGGAAAGCAGGACCAGGCUUUGCCAAUAGACUCGCAGGAUGCGAGAGCGCUGGUUCAAGCCGCAGGAACAGGCGCAGCCACGGGCAGGGAUAACGCGGCCAGAUUGCGGAAAACGAUACAAUGGCUCGAGGAGGGAACUCGAAGCCUGCGCGAGGAUCUGGCGAACGUGCGAACGGAGCUGCACGAGGAGCGAAGAGCGGCGAAAAUUGCCAAGAGGGAGUUCGACUUUGCCCUCAGGGAGGCUAGAUGCGCUGAGGCCGCCAAGUAUCAGCCGAUCAUAGACGAGCUGAAGACCAGACUCGCUUAUUCCGCAUCGCCGUCACCGUCACCGUCACCGCCGUCGUCGCCGUCGUCGUCGUCGCUGCCAUUUAAACCGGAUCUCGUGAAAAACGAGAAUCACGGACGCGAACUGUCGACUCUCAGGAAACGCUUAGCCGAAGCUGAGAGCACGAUACGAAGACUCGAGUGGCAAUCGGCGAAAUCACGAGCGAAUACGGCUCGCAAUGCCGAUGGCACUUCCCCCGGCGGCGAAGCGCGUCGCCUGGAAGCGGAAGUCCGAAGUCUUCGUGCCGAAAACGAGAAACUCGAAGGAAAAUUGCGUGUCGCUCUAAAUGCGGAGAAGACUCGUAUCUCUGAGAUACGGGACCAACAGAGGAAUCACGAAGCUGAUCUUUCCGCAUUGCGAGAAUCGCAUCGUAGCGAAACUACAAGGAUGAUGGACGAACUGCGAGGCAAGGAUCGUGAGAUCGAGAAGCUGUCGAAGCUCUUGAACAAUCGGAAGCUGGCUCCACCGGAGCACGACGCGAUGUGGAAGUUACGGGAGAACGAGAGGAACCGACCGAUACGCUCGUCAUCUCGUAUAAAGAGGAAGAUCCUCGCAAACGAUGUUCAUACGGUGGGGUCGUGUGUCCGCGAAGUAGAAUCCGGCAGAGCCAUGAACGAAAUCGAGGUCGAGCGUCUCCGUGAACUCGCACUUGAGCAGCAGGAAAUCAUCGAAAUACUUAGACAGGCGGUUAAGGAAAGAGAAAGAAAGUUGGAGCAACUGUCGAACAAGAGGAAGAAGGAAGAAUAUUACAAACAGUGGCUCGAGCUGGAGCCGGUAGUCGAAGUGGACGACGAGGAGGACCACGAGGAGAAUGACAGCGCGUUAUCGAGCGCCCCGUCUUCGAUGUCGCCCCAGCCAGGUGGCUGCGGCCAGUGGCAGGGUAACGGUGUUACUAGAGAAGCGUACGAGGCCGUUCUCGUCGAGAUCGAGGAUUUACAGUCGAAACUCCUCAAGGAGCAGUGCGAGCUGUCGCGCGCUAAGAUACAAGUUUGCGAUUUGGAGAAGGCACUUUUGCAGGAGAAAUGCGCCGAUCGUGACAAGGAGUUGAGCGAAUUGAGAGACAAGCUGCGAACCGUCGAGGAACGGGAGGCCACACUUUUGGUGGAACUCUCGGAAAUACGGGAGCAAAAUGAGCUCCUGGAAUUCCGGCUGCUUGAACUGGAGGAAACACCUGCGCGCAGGGAUAGUCCCGAUCAUGCGAUGGACAGCGGCAUCGUCUCACCAGAACCAGCUCACACGAACAAGGAUCACUCGAACAAGCAGAGGAGUCGCGCGGUGGCGACUGUGAUACCGUAUACGAACAACGCCAUGGUGACGAAUCCCGCGAAAUCGCCCGUGUUGCCGCACAAGCCACCGCUCACCCUUCAGGAGAGCGGUAUCUUCGAGGAGGAGUACGAGGAUGACGAGGAACCCGAGAUCGAGUUCGCCAGCCGCGGCACUCAGACACAGGCGCCGUCCGGCGAACUCCUCCAGGAGGUGCAGCGUCUCCAGGAGCUGAGGACAUGGAUUCAGGAACGGGCGGCCAAGAACACGACACCGGUCUUCCAUCCGAUCGACUCGUCCAAGAUCUGUCUGGACAUGUCGACGGUGGACUCGAUAGUCCAGUUGACGGCUUAUCAGGAGCGCGUUCGCGACCUCGAGGAGAGGCUCCAGGCGCACGAGGAGGCCGAGAAGAGUCGGGAGCAGGAGAAGCGAUUGUCGAAGCAACGGGAGGAGGAGUUUCUGGAUGAGAACUACAGACUCACAGAGAGAGUGUAUUGGCUGGAGAACGAGCUGCGAAACGUGAGGUCCAGCCUUGACGAGAUCACCGUUGGAUGUGGAGGCGAAACAGUCGUCACGAAGAGAAGCAGACGCAUGGAGGAGAGUAAGGACGAGACAGAAGGCGCGGACAGUUCGGAGAAGACGCGAGAUCAGCUUGAGAGUACGAGUUGCACGCGCGCUGCUCAAACCGUAGAGAUGCAUGAGAGCAACAUGAUUGCUGAGUGUUCUCGAUGUCAACGUCCGGCUGACGCGGAGGAUGCUAAGCAGCGUAUCACUACGCCAAUGGAAUGUAACGUCACGCUGGUAUCCUUGGAGGGAAAGAAGAAAGAAGACGAGGUGGCACCUGGUGAACCCGGGGAACCGGUUGUUAUUGACUUUACCGAAAACGACUCGGAAAAGAAGGUUAGACAAAGGCGGAUUAAGAGUAACGAGCGCAAGAUACGAUCCGCGAGAACGGCGAGGGCGGCGAGUGUCAGGUUCACCCGCGACGUCUCUUUCGGACGAGGAAGUCACCCGUUGGUCCUGUAUCAGGAAAUUUGCGUUUAGCUUUCCGGCGCUCGUCAGGUCAAGUCGUUGUAAAAGUGAACUCUAGUAAAAGGAACGGGCAUUUAAGGGGAUCCGGUAACAAGUCGCCUUAACAAGUCUUCGCUGUAAUACCGUUUUUCAUGCCGAGGAAAGUUUUUGCGUGUUCGCGUAAACGAGAGUUGGUGUAUGUUUCCCUGUCUGUUUGUCUGUCUGUCUGUCUGUCUAUCUGUCUGUCCAAGUUGAUACGUAGUAAUUUCGAGGAGAAGCUGGGAAUCACUUCGUGAUAAAGGAUCGCGCGGAAUAAAGCGUGUGUUCUCUCCGGAGCGACGGCUUCCAGAAAAUAACGGCGAACAGAAGAAGACCGAGGUCGCGGAGAAGAAGGCGCGGAUGGUGAUGAGGAGGUGAUCUACUUUCGCUGGAGGUGAAGGCGAGAAAGUUCAUCGUCUCUCGUCGUCGCAGACUUUGUCCAUCCACCCACGAGUUCCACGGAAGGGUCGACGAACCCGUGGGUGAACCCGCGGCACGCACGAGGACAAUAUGGCUGGCGCUGCUUGGCGUGCCCAAGUGACGAUCAGAAAUGGUACGUCCUGAGAGUAAAACGAGGGCGCCUGCGGAUCGAGGAGUGCCACCCCGAACUAGUGACCCCCGGUUAAUGUGUUUCACCUCUCUAACGAGGAAACGUGAUGCGAGUGUUCUUCGCCGAUUUUCACGGGCUUUGCGUUCUCUCCAUUGUCAUGAUAGCGUCACAUUGGCGUUAUUUUCCAAAAUCAUCCUCCGGAUUUCUAAAUGCGCUAAAAGCUACACGUGAGAGGACACGUGUCUGUGAUUUUUAUUUGAUCGACAAUACAUUCAAGAGUCCGUUAGAAUCGACGAGGGACGCUCGCGAAUCGCACCUUGUAACUCGCGACCAAUUUUUGCGUACAAGCUGUGAAAUCGAGUGCCAAAUAAGCCGUAGAUUAAACAUCUUUCCCACACACGCGGACGUAAAAUAUGUGCAGAGCGUUAUCACGGAAUAUCUGUCUUAUUUUUUCAUAUAAUUCGGAACGUUGCGCUUAUGAUAAAGCGAACGAAUUUGCGCUAAACGGAUGUGUUCUUGUAUAUCGCGCGGAUGUAGCAGAUUUCUAUGCACCUUUAACGUGUGCGUUCCGCCAUAUUACAAUUCAAAUGUGCGUCCGGAUGCAAUUUGAAUUUAAAAUGACAGAAGGAACAGGUCAUUGCGCGGACGAAUUUGGGAGGACUCGUACGUGUCACUGUCGUGUAUCUCAAAUCGACGCGCUUUUCACGACAUUUACUGUGCAUUGUGCGAUUGACAAAGACCCGUCUGUGUAGUCCUACUCGUACAUAAUGGAGAUAUUACGCCGUGUCUUUACGUUGUGCUUUCACGAGCGGCAAAAAAUUCGUUGUAUCUCUUUGUCACCAUGACGCUGCACGCCUUCUCGACAGAGUUGUUGCGGAAAUGUGUGUGACAACGGGAAUCUAUUUGCGAAUAUUUCAGUGAAACGAUUUGCUCGUCAUAUAGUAUAUUUUUCUUCGGUUACUUCUUAUUAGAUCCUUUACACACGCCGAUUUUACACAGAUUGAUAAUAUAGCGGAUUAAAAAUCGAAACAGCCACGAAGCCAAAUUGUAGAGUAAACUGUAUCGUAAUUGUACGAAUGUCGAACGGAGGAAAGCUCUUCAAGAAACUAAACGCAAUGCGUUAAACUAGGCGUGUCUUAUACUCGAAACAUGCGUGUAUAUGCGUGUGCGUGUGCGUUUCCGCAUUUAACGUUUGAUUAUGUAUACGAUUUAAUGUAACAUGUAUGUAGCGUAAGAAAUGCGUCUCUAGUCGUAUCGUUUGUUCGAUCGUAGAACACAAUGAGCGUGCGUUCGCGUGUAUUGAUCUUGAAUGACGGUAGUGUUAGUGUUCUUACAGUUAGCUUAGAGAAGACGUGUAUAUUCCCAAGUGCUUGUUGUAUUUAUAAAUUUUUCGAAGUGCAAACUAUACUCAAUCGUGCCUUGCCGACCGCGGUCUACAGUUUGCCUCGUUCAGAUUCGUUUCAUAUCACGGAAUUGACGUUGUUCAUGCAUCUUGAUGUGUAUCUGCAAGAGAACGUAAUUUCGAAUAAAUCUGUUUUCCGUCAAGCCA